GACACUCUGCUCUGCUCUGCUCUCUCUCAUCCUUAUCAGACUUUGUUCCGAGUCUCUCUCAAUCGAAACAACAAGACUCGAUUGAGACCACGUGGGCGCUUGGAGAUUCCGCAACAAAAAACACCCACCUCGCUUUUACUCACUCCCCUGCCUCGCUCGAGAGAGAGAGAGGUAGGGUUAUUGGUGUACUUUGCUGCUCUUCUAAGGGAUUACUGCAUUUCCAUCACCCAUCAAACUUCCUUUCUCCACAAGAAUUGAUGCCUCCAUUUCAUCCUCUUUCCCCAUUCCCCUCAACAAAAAUUCCACCAUUCCUCCUCCUUCCUCCAUGAUCUAUCUGCUUCCCUCACUCCACUCGCACCAUUCCCCUUUUACCUGAAAAUGGACGCCAACGCCGCCCUUCUUCCCAUUCUUAAUAUUAGGGCUUCCACUCAAGAACCCACAUUCCCUGCUCUGCAACUUUCGUAGUGAUCCUCCUCCUCUCACAAUCUCCCGUGGUCAGAGCCUCCAAACCUUGUGAGAUGCCAUCCUUAUAGUAUGCGUUCGUAUUUUUUCUGCUGCGACUGCUCUAUACUUGGUGAUGGAAGAAUCAACAUCUAGUGGACAGCGGUUUAAAAGAAUUCCACGGCUACCCUUGGCUGCAAAUUUGGAGUUGGAUCCAUUGCUUAAUGAGAGCUUGGAGCAAUGGCCACAUUUGAAUGAGUUGGUACAGAGUUAUAAGGUUGACUGGGUAAAGGAUGAGAAUAAAUAUGGGCAUUAUGAAAGCGUUGCACCUCCACUGUUUCAAAGUCAAAUUUUUGAAGGGCCAGAUACAGACAUAGAAACAGAAAUGCGUUUGGCUAAUGCGAGGCACACAAGGAAUGAAGAUGCUAAUGAUGACGACAUUCCAAGUACCUCUGGAAGGCCGUCAUCUGAGACAAGCUCAUCAGAAGUGGUGUACCCAAGAAAUCUUCAGAAGCAUUUUGGUGCAUCUCCAUUGCCUGCAUAUGAACCAGUAUUUGAUUGGGAAAAUGAGAGGUCAAUGAUCUUUGGGCAAAGGACACCAGAAGCCCUUCCAUCGUUGUUUGGCAGUGGAUUGAAGAUCUCUGUAAAGGUUUUGUCCUUGUCAUUUCAAGCUGGUUUUGUCGAGCCCUUCUAUGGUACAAUUUGCUUGUAUAAUCGUGAGAGAAGAGAGAAAUUGUCAGAAGACUUCUAUUUUCGGCUGCUACCAGCUGAGAUGCAAGAUGGUUCGGUUUCAUCUGAGCGUCGUGCAGUGUUCUCAUUGGACUCUCCUUCUGCUUCAGUUUGCUUGCUUAUCCAAUUGGAGAAGCCUGUAACUGAAGAAGGUGGUGUCACACCGUCUGUUUAUUCACGCAAGGAGCCUGUGCAUUUGACAGAGAGAGAAAAGCAGAAGCUGCAAGUUUGGACUCGGAUUAUGCCUUAUAGAGAAUCUUUUGCCUGGGCAAUUGUUCCCUUGUUUGAAAACAACAACAUUGCUGGUGUAGGUGGUAGUGCUUCUCCCAGCAGUCCACUAGCCCCAAGCAUAUCUGGGUCAAGUUCACAGGACAGUGCUGUUGAACCUCCUGUUGCAAGAACCGUUUCAGAUGGAAGGCUGGGACAGUAUUCCAGUGGCAGUUCUGUUAUUGUCGAGAUAUCAAACUUAAACAAAGUCAAGGAAAGUUACACAGAGGACUCUCUUCAGGAUCCUAAACGGAAGGUUCAUAAACAAGUAAAAGGUAUACUGAGGUUAGAAGUGGAAAAGCUUCAGUUGGGGCAAUUUGAACUUGAUGGAAUUUCAGAAAGUGGCAGCAUAAACAAUGAUACAACUGAUGUUGGUGAUCGGUUUGUGGAAGCAUCAUUCACAAGAGGCUUAAGUAAUGGGUCUGAGGGACCUCAGAAUGGUAAUCCAAAGUGGUAUUCAUCCGAUGGAAAAGACAUGCAGAGGAAUGGGUCCAAUGUUGUUCUUGGAAAUUAUCCUGAAUGCAGCCUUGAUGAUUUCCUUGCUUUUGACUUUCGAGCAUCCACAAAAAGUGAGCCUUUCAUUCACCUUCUACACUGCCUUUAUGUAUGCCCUUUAAUGGUUAAUUUGAGCCGUAAGAGGAAUUUGUUUAUAAGGGUGGAACUGCGAAACGAUGAUACUGAAAUUCGUAAGCAACCAUUAGAGGUAAUGUACACAAGAGAGUUUGGCGAACCACUUCAGAAAUGGGCUCACACCCAAGUUGCUGUUGGUGCCAGGAUGGCAUGUUACCAUGAUGAGAUCAAGAUUUGUCUCCCUGCCAUUUUUACCCCCCAACAACAUUUGUUGUUCACUUUCUUUCACGUUGAUCUUCAAACAAAGCUUGAAGCUCCAAAGCCGGUGAUUGUGGGAUAUUCUACACUUCCACUAUCUACCAAUGUGCAGCUGCGCUCUGAGAUCACUCUACCAAUCAUAAAAGAGCUGGUCCCUCACUAUCUCCAAGAUAGUGUCAAGGAGAGGCUUGAUUAUUUGGAAGAUGCCAAACAUGUCUUUAGAUUACGAUUGAGGCUGUGCUCUUCUUUAUAUCCAGUGAAUGAGCGUAUUAGAGAUUUUUUCCUGGAGUAUGAUAGGCAUAUUCUCCGGACAAGCCCGCCAUGGGGUUCUGAACUUCUUGAGGCCAUAAACAGCCUAAAGAAUGUUGAUUCCACUGCACUGUUGCAGUUUUUGCAGCCAAUUCUGAAUAUGCUUCUCCACCUCAUUGGUGAUGGUGGCGAAACUCUUCAGGUUGCUGCUUUUCGAGCUAUGGUCAAUAUUUUAACCAGGGUGCAGCAGGAAUCAUCUGAUGGGGCUGAAAGAAAUCGUUUCCUUGUUAAUUAUGUUGACUAUGCUUUUGAUGAUUUUGGUGGUCGACAACCCCCAGUUUAUCCAGGUCUGUCAACAGUGUGGGGAAGCUUGGCUCGGAGUAAGGCUAAAGGUUAUCGUGUUGGACCAGUAUAUGAUGAUGUGUUGGCAAUGGCUUGGUUCUUCCUUGAGCUUGUUGUAAAAUCUAUGGCACUGGAGCAAGCUCGCAUAUUCUAUCAUAGUAUUCCCUCAGGUGAAGAAAUUCCACCAUUACAAUUGAAGGAAGGUGUAUUCAGAUGUAUAUUGCAAUUGUAUGAUUGCCUUCUUACGGAGGUUCACGAACGCUGCAAGAAGGGAUUGAGCUUGGCAAAACGUUUGAAUAGCAGUCUGGCCUUCUUUUGUUAUGAUCUGUUGUCCAUCAUCGAGCCUCGCCAAGUUUUUGAGCUGGUGUCACUAUAUAUGGACAAGUUCACAGGUGUUUGCCAAUCUGUUCUCCAUGACUGCAAGCUCACAUUUCUGCAGAUAAUAUGUGAUCAUGAUCUUUUUGUUGAAAUGCCUGGUAGAGAUCCUUCAGAUAGGAAUUACCUUUCAUCUGUUCUGAUCCAGGAGCUUUUCCUCACCUGGGAUCAUGAUGACUUAUCUCAGCGUUCGAAAGCAGCUCGCAUCUUGGUGGUCCUCCUGUGCAAGCAUGAAUUUGAUGCUCGAUACCAAAAGCAGGAAGACAAAUUGUAUAUUGCCCAACUAUAUUUUCCACUUAUUGGUCAGAUUCUGGAUGAGAUGCCUGUGUUCUAUAAUCUUAAUGCCAUAGAAAAGCGUGAAGUACUAAUUUGUAUUAUGCAAAUUGUUCGUAACUUGGAUGAUGCAUCACUUGUAAAGGCAUGGCAGCAAAGUAUAGCUAGGACCAGACUCUUUUUUAAGCUUAUGGAAGAAUCUCUUGUCCUGUUUGAGCAUAGGAAACCGGCUGACACUUUGCUUAUGGGCUCCAGUUCUCGAAGCCCUGAUGGAGAAGGACCUAUUUCUCCCAAGUAUUCUGACAGGCUUUCACCAGCAAUCAACAGCUACCUGACUGAAGCCUCUCGACAGGAAGUUCGACCUCAAGUAACACCGGAGAGUGGCUUCUUGUGGAACAAAGUCAGUCCACAGCUAAGCUCCCCAAGCCAACCAUACUCCUUGAGAGAAGCUCUGGCCCAGGCUCAGUCUUCCCGGAUAGGGGGGUCCACAAGAGCACUGAGAGAGUCUCUGCACCCCAUGUUGAGACAAAAAUUGGAGCUUUGGGAAGAAAACUUGAGUGCGGCAGUCAGUCUCCAAAUUUUGGAGAUAACUGGAAAGUUCUCUCUUGCCGUGGCUUCCCACAGCAUUGCCACUGAUUAUGGGAAGCUGGAUUGUAUUACAUCCAUAUUUAUGAGCUUCUUUUCCCGAAGCCAACCUCUCGGAUUUUGGAAAGCCAUGUUUCCUGUAUUUAACAGCGUCUUUAAUCUUCAUGGUGCCACAUUGAUGGCAAGAGAGAAUGACCGCUUCUUGAAGCAAGUGGCAUUCCAUCUUCUUCGCCUGGCGGUUUUCAGAAAUGACUCUAUCAGGAAAAGGGCAGUUAUUGGACUCCAGAUUCUUGUGAGGAGUUCUUUUUAUUAUUUUCUGCAGACGACAAGGCUGAGGGUCAUGCUCACGAUUACUUUGUCAGAGUUGAUGUCUGAUGUACAAGUAACUCAGAUGAAGUCUGAUGGAUCACUUGAAGAGAGUGGGGAAGCUCGGCGUUUGAGAAAGUCAUUGGAGGAAAUGGCAGAUGAGAAUAGGACUUCUGAGCUCUUAAAAGAGUGUGGACUUCCUGUGAGUGCUCUUCAGGCAGUGCCUGAUGGGUCAGAAAAGAACCAGUGGUCUUGGUUAGAGGUGAAGCUACUCUCUAACGGUCUGCUUCAAGCCCUUGAUGCAGGCUUAGAACAUGCCAUCCUGGGCUCGCUGAUGACAGUGGACAGAUACGCAGCUGCAGAGAGCUUUCAUAGGCUAGCCAUGGCGUAUGCACAUGUUCCUGACCUUCACAUAAUGUGGUUGCUCCAUUUAUGUGAUGCUCAUCAGGAGAUGCAAUCAUGGGCUGAAGCUGCACAAUGUGCGGUGGCCGUUGCUGGUGUCAUCAUGCAGGCUCUUGUGGGAAGGAAUGAUGCUGUGUGGAGCAGGGAACAUGUUGCUGCUUUACGUAAAAUUUGUCCAAUGGUCAGCAGUGCAGUUACUGCCGAAGCAGCAGCUGCUGAAGUGGAAGGUUAUGGUGCAUCAAAGCUCACGGUUGACUCAGCUGUGAAGUACCUACAACUAGCCAAUAAGCUCUUUUCUCAGGCAGAGCUCCACCACUUUUGCGCCAACAUUUUGGAGCUCAUAAUUCCAGUGUAUAAGAGCCGCAGGGCAUUUGGACAGCUUGCAAAAUGUCAUACUUCUCUUACCAACAUCUAUGAAGCUAUCCUUGAGCAAGAAACGAGCCCCAUUCCAUUCACUGAUGCCACUUAUUACAGGGUAGGGUUCUAUGGGAGUCGAUUCGGGAAACUGGAUAGGAAGGAAUAUGUAUACAGAGAGGCCCGUGAUGUUCGUUUGGGAGAUAUAAUGGAGAAACUAAGUCAUAUUUAUGAGUCAAGAAUGGAUGGCAGUCACACCUUGCAUAUAAUACCAGACUCUCGACAGGUCAAUGCAGACGAAUUGCAACCUGGUGUUUGCUAUCUUCAGAUUACGUCAGUGGACCCAGUCAUGGAGGAUGAGGACUUGGGGAGUAGGAGGGAGAGGAUAUUCUCUCUUUCCACAGGGAGCAUGCGUGCACGUGUAUUUGAUCGCUUCUUGUUUGAUACCCCUUUCACAAAAAACGGGAAGACCCAAGGAGGGCUUGAGGACCAAUGGAAGCGGCGCACCGUCCUUCAAACAGAGGGGUCGUUCCCAGCUCUGGUAAACAGGCUCCUGGUGGUGAAAUCAGAGUCCCUUGAGUUCUCCCCUGUGGAGAAUGCGAUCGGGAUGAUAGAGACGAGGACGGCUGCUCUGAGGGGGGAGCUUGAAGAGCCACGCAGCUCUGAUGGUGACCAACUCCCCAGGCUUCAGAGCCUACAGAGAAUACUGCAAGGCAGUGUUGCUGUUCAGGUGAACAGUGGAGUCCUGGGUGUAUGCACAGCUUUCCUGUCAGGGGAGCCAGCGACAAGACUGAGGUCUCAAGAGUUGCAGCAACUGAUUGCUGCCCUUCUUGAGUUUAUGGCUGUUUGCAAGCGAGCGAUACGGGUUCACUCAAGGUUGAUUGGUGAUGAGGACCAGGAUUUCCACACACAGCUUGUGAAUGGGUUUCAGUCUCUCACUGCAGAGCUCUCUCAUUAUAUCCCUGCCAUUCUAUCAGAGCUUUAACUACGAUUCUUCUCCUUUGAUUUGUCUUUUUCGUUUUUGUUCAAUUGUUCAUAUUUGCUCUGUUGUAUUAUUUCCUUGGCUAAUUUCAUGUUUUGAUUGUAUAUUUAUUAUGAUUGAAAUGUUUUUGUUCCCUUGGCAUGACCCUCCUGUAAAAAAUGCUGAGUUCCUCUAGGGGAGAUGUUCGAAGGGCAUUUUUGUUAUAUGAAUGUUGUAUUAACAACUGCUUUUGGAGCAAACGAAUUGUAUGCGUUUCUCCAACACCAGUGAUUCCUGAGAAUGUCCAA